AUGACGAAGUAAGUUGGCGGACGAAAUCCAUUAUCAUGCUUUUUAAAGGACGAUUUUCAGGAAUUAUUCGAACCAACAGUACUCAACAUCCGGCCCUUACUUCCCCUCCUAUAUUCGGUCAUACAAAAAAACAGCCUUCCUUAUCGGUAAGCACUCAACUUGUUGCCAUAUCACAUUGACUCUAUGGCUACUGGCAACAUCGCCGCAAGUUACAUACCUCAACAGUUUUGUUUUGCAUCUCUCAGUAUUUCCAACUGCAUAAUGUUUCCCCACUGCCUGUUUCACCAUUUUAAUAAGCAGUAAUUAGUGAACCUUACGUUUCAGGAUUUCAAUGGGUGUUUUACAUCCUCCUACAGUUUGACCCAGAUAUAUUAUGCAUUAUUGGAUCUCUGUACCACCCGCUAAUUUCCGACUCGGCGCUUAAAAUAAAAAUCUCAAGUUAUGUCUAAAAGACCGCGAAAACAACCACGACGUGGAUAUUUCCUCUGUUACCACUCCACUGUUCGACCGCAUUUUUUUUACUGCUGGCCGGAUUUGCGUUUAACGCUUCCAUAACAAUGCCUGUAAACUGGCAUUAGGUAUAAUUGUUAUUAUUAUUAUGAUAAGCAGAGGUUAGAGGCGUGGACCUCUAACUAACAGGUCGUGAGCUCGAGCAUCGGGUGUCCCACAUUUCGGGGUUGAGUACGAAUGACUGUCAACGGCUAAUAAGCCAGAAAUGGCCAUUCCAGUCUUCCUUGUCUUUGUCGGUGACGCCAUUCUGCCUAUAUCAUGCGCCGCUGUGCGUCUGCUGGUUAGGGCUCAAGAGAGAGCCCAAACGGCACAACGGAACGAGUGAGUCCCACAAGAACGAUCGGUGAGCGUCUCCAUCCAUUAAACAGAUUCUGCAUACCUCGUCUAAAAUCCAUAUAUGAAAAUUAGUUUUUUCUUGUUUUAAUGGGACCCAGACGGGUCUUUGAUAAAAUUAUUUAUUUAUUAUUUUUCUUAUUCACUGACAUGUUUGCUACCUAAAAGCCUAGACGGUUUCUCAUCAAGUGGCUCCCGGUCGCUCGUACGCAUUGUGACCCAGUCGCCAGAAUAUGCCUUGAUGUCCUUGCUGAACUUGAACUACGGAACAAGUACAAGGAAAAGACGAGGCAAAUCAAAAGUUCCGAAACACGUGUUUUGUAGUGCAGCCGAUGCUGUUGUAUCAGAAGCUUCUCGGUGGAGCUUUUCUGGGAGUGGCCUCGUAAUUUUUCCUUAUUUCGUUGACGUGAUUUAGCAUAUAUGCUGGGCAUCGGUUGUACCAACAUUUUGCAGAGGUAAAAUCCCAAAACAUCCAGGCAUUCUUAGGUUGACGAUUUUGAGGAUGUGACAUUCAUUUCUGACCUUAGUGAGUGCAGUCCCUCGAACUGGAUGGCUUCCUCUGUUACGCCAACAAGCCAACUGGUUUGCUUUAUGUUCGUCUGGCUAUUUUUAGUCCACCUCUACCGAUAUCCGGUCAAAAAUGGAGAUCCUUUGCAUGGAACUGCAGGUGUUGUGUUCCUUUACUUUGCUCUCCGCACUUUUUCCUCCGCACCUUUUGUUUACUGCUUACCGCCUUAUUGUUGAAUUUCCCCAGGCCCAUCUCUGCCACUCUAUGGAGACAAUCGAUAAAAAGGAGAAAUUCUUGGUCGACAAAUGGGAACGCGAGGAUGUUAGUACUUUCUCUCAGUUAGAAUCUUUUUCUGCCCAAUUUCACAAUUGCUUAUUUGCGGUAGUCCUGCCUAUGACGGAGCAGGUGUUAAUCACAUCCUGUCUCCGCUUGCACCACCUUGCGAUAAUGCGUUUAUCCUCAUUUGAAAAUCUGUUACGAUAGAUACCUCAGUUAGCUAACCGAAUUUUCAAUAGGUUUAAGCCCCUUUCGGCGGUGGGGAAUGGGCUGAGUCGAGACCUCUUUGUUGCAUGUAGAGUUGGACCGAAAAAUGCCCCGACAUCGAUUAAGAUCUUUGAAGCAGAACACUUCGUUCCGUCCAUGUAUAGUCUUGAUAAAACACGUUUACCCCUGAUCUUAGUUAAAUUAAUUAUUUUUCCGGUAAUAUACCCAUUAUUUUUGUGCCUGAUAGGGUCGUGGUGGUGGAAUCUCCUGUGUUCUCCAGGAUGGUGCAGUUUUUGAGAAAGCCGGUGUCAACAUCAGUGUGAUAUCAAGCGAACUUACGGAGUCAGCUCUUCAUCAGAUGCGCGAGCGGUGCGUUACAUAUCCUUGACGAUGCUGGUUCCUUAGGUCGUCGCUAGGUAUGCAAAAAGAGUGCUAAAUAGCUAAAAUAUUAAAAACACUUGCUUUAUGCCUGACGACGAUCUGGCGCCGAAAAUUUACGAAUUUUGUCAACUUUCCCAAAGAACUUGUGUGUAUAUUUGCGUGCAUACAUCUAAGAAGUGUGAUUCUUUGAGAACAAAAUUCCUGAUUUGGUUGUCACAAAACACACGGACCUAGUUGUGACAAAUCUCUCUGAAGGCGAAGUCCUCAUUGACUUAUUACAGGGCUCUUCCUCAUUAGUACAGGAUUUCUAAAGGCUGCUCAUCUGCAUGUCGCCUGCGGACAUCCACAGAAAAUCACGACAAAGAUAGUACUAUUGACAUUUAGCAACAAAAGACCAUACAUAUGGUGGUACAUGAAUCUCUAAAACACGCAUUUAACGUGCUAGUCAGCUUCACCGACCGGUCAUUCAUUUGGCUCAUGUAUUUUAAUCUUCAGAUUGUAAAUGUGUUUAUAUCGAGGAUAGGCAGCUGCACCCCUCUCACACUUCGUUAUCGUCAAUACUCACCCUCGCAUAUUUACAGAUGUCGCUGACAGUAAAUGCCGGUUGACAGUUCUGUACAGCGCAGCCCUUCAAACGGCUUUCGAGCAUUGCUCAUACCACUCACCGACGCUCUCAUCUGUGUCUAUCGCCGGAGUUUCUCAUUAUCUUAUUUGUCCGUUGCACAACCUUUUGGCGUCACGGCCUCGAUGUGGGUUUAGAACAAUUGAAACGACCCUCAACUAGAGCCAAACGCAUUCUCUGGGAGGCCAAUGCACCUAGACAGUUAGGGAAUAGUUUCGUCCAAAUGGACUCAGUCUAGAGCUCUCGUUAAGAAUAUAUAGUUAGUAAGCAGCUGCUGUGGUUUUACUUGUUUACAAAAAAUUUAGCUAUUCCGUUCGUGUUUCUUGUUGAAUCGGUAACAUUCAAUAGGAUCGAAAGUCGAACCUUAAACGCGGUAGCCGUUGAUCUAGUAAACUAAGUGGAAUUAAAAUCCGCUUUGGUAAUAACACCAAGACGGGCCCUGGCUGGUGACCGUAAGGGAUAGCCCAACGUGUGUAUCCCGAACCAGAUAGUACGAGACAGCCUCUGAUUAUUCGAAACUCCGAUUUCACUGCAAUCAUCUGCAUGACUUUCACAAUUUCGACUUCUGCUCUCUAUCCAAGGCCAUGCUGUCCAUAUUGACUGUUGUCGACCUCACGCUGAAUUACCCAUGAAUGUGUUCAGUCGCAUCUGACCUUCUCGGCACGUUGUAUAACAUUUGACCAUUUAGCCAAACUUUUAAUUUUGUGCGGCUUAAAGGGUGAAUUUGGCCUUUUUCGCCUAGACUGCAGUCCCUCAAAACUGACAAGAAGCUCAAGUUUGAUGUCGUCGGUAUAAGUUCCGUCAAUCACCCGGUAAGAGCUCUGUAUUUUUUCAUAUUUCUUUGGUAUACGCAGUUGAAUUUAUUUGCAGCAGUGACAUAUUGCCAGGUUCACAAUCUUUGUUUGGGAACUAUUACUGAGUAUAUGAAUGUGAAGACUGACCACUUAGCCCGUCCCCACGUUUUGAGCUCCCAAGCCUGUACGCGAUUAGCAGUACGGAGCCAUAGAGCCAAGCUUUUCCGAAGUAGGAACCUGUCUGUCUUCCAGACCGGUAUCGUGGCUGAACGUUUUUAAUAAGCUUGAAAAGUUUGGCCUUCAAUUCGCUCUGACAUCAACUUCACUUCGUUAGUAGACGGGGAGCCGAAUCCUUCAUUUAACAGGUGACUAAAUAUCGAACCACAAGUGUUAUGGAAACACAAGUAUAUAGAAAAAUCUCGAACAGCGUCAAAAGUUUCGGUUUGUGCACUAACCAGACCUUCAUCGGACAGUCUGACCACUGCAAAUGCCGAAGUGCACCGUAUGCUCCACGGAGUUCUGACUUACGCUUAAACUGGUUUUUAGCGAUGCAAUAGAGGAUGCUGAGGGAUACCAUCCAGGCCAGCUCUGUGGAAGCCCUCGGUCGCCCACGCCGUCAGCACCAAACUUAGUUUAAUGGCAUUGACAAGAAAAUCUUCAUCCUCCUCUCAAAGAAACGCUCGACCUAUAUAAUCAACAACAGCAACGUCGAUAUGACCAAGUAAUUCCGAUGCCGACGACUACUACAACAGACCGAGGGAAAUGCUGGAUGCUUGGCGAAGUCGCAAAACUGAGGAGGCCCGGAUGAGAUUGUGGAUUUCUUCGCGGCCAACAAAGCAGCCUGCAAUCCGCAAACGAAGGGGACUGCGCCACUGCUGGGCAAAGGUGGAACAACUCUCCCGACGGAGAAGUCACAGAUCCUGGAGCGCUGAACCGUGUGCUUCUAGAGCGUCCUCAACUACCUGCCAACAAUAUGCGAAAUAGCCCUCAAUUGACUUCCUAAAGUGGACACUGAUGACGACCUCGAUCAUCCGCCCUCCCUCCUUGAGACGAUCAGAACAGUUUAACAGCGGUCCGGUGGAAAAACGCUGAAUCACACGCAAUUCUAACCGAAGUACACACGUGCGGUGGCCAACUACUCAUGGAAGAACUAACUUCACUAUCCCAAAUGUGGUGACAGGGACACAUUCCCCAAGGCUUCAGAGAUGCCUUGCACAUCUAUAAAAGCAAGGGGAUCGUCAACAAUCUGGUAACCAUGGAGGCAUUUCCUUCAACUUCGCAGGAUUUCCUCGCUUGAACGCGCAUCUGGAACAGGGGCUUUUUCCAGAACCGUAUUGCAGAUGAGGAGAACACAGCGGAACCACAAAGAGGAUUCGUGUGGCCCGCUAAUUGUAGGAAGCGUGCAAGGAAAUGAGGACCAACCUAUACACUGUCGUCAGUCUGACGAUUUGCUCAAAUGAUAAAAAUUCCAGGAUGGGAUAAUGAUGUGCGCCACGGUUGAUGGAACAGCCCCUGAUGCAUUUGUGAUGACCAGUUGGGCGGCACACAUCUGUGUACUCACUCCCAUUCUAUUAAGUCUCGUGUUCUCCGUCAUGCUGAUGGAUUUAUACUAUUAAGAGCGGCGAAAGCUCGACAUCGGCUUUCGAGCCGACGGACAAUUUCAACAUCCGUUGCCGAAAAGCAUCCGCGAGUGUAUCCAAGGCCUGUGUCUCCAAUCUGUUCAAGGACAUGCAGCGGAACGUGAAGCUCUUCACUUUAGGCUGCCCUAACUUCGGCCUGGCCAGCUCGGAGGAGACAGUAGUCCGGCGCCAAUGCUGA